AUAAACACAAUUCCCAAUUUCCCACCAUCAAAAUCCUCGUAUUCUGUCUGUCCAGAUGAUUUCUCCCCCCAAAUAAAAACAGGGGAAACGGUCAAACAACUCCACUUUGUAUUUUACCAUAGGCCAGAUACAAACUGCGCCAAGUAGUCACGACUCCUUCACCAAAUCUUCCCUUCCCAAGACUUGUUAAUUAAGCAAUGGUGCCUGCCUUCUGAUUCCUCCCAAAAUCCAAACCUUUUGAUUAGAUUUUGCUUCAGAGAGAUCAUAUUACCAUGGAUGCCAACGAAAGCAGAAAACUUUCAUUGAUGUUGGUCUUGUUCUUUCAGGUGCUGGCUGUAACUCUUCCGGGAUGUUUCUUGGUAGCCAGUCAGCAGCUCCCCAUCAAGAAACCUGCACUUCAAACUUUGGCUGCGAAGGGUCAUGGGUUUAGCUCCUCUCUUGUUUUUCCGGUCACUGGGAAUGUCUAUCCUCUCGGGUACUUUUCAGUGUCCCUCAGCAUAGGCAAUCCACCCAAGCCUUUUACCCUUGACAUUGACACUGGAAGUGACCUCACUUGGGUCCAAUGUGAUGCACCCUGCACUGGCUGCACUGUGCCUAAAGGUCAACUUUACAAACCUGCAAAAAGCAGCAUUGUGCCUUGUAAGGAUCCCUUAUGUGCUGUAAUUAACGGAGGACCUCCCUGCAAGAACCCAAAUGAACAAUGUGACUUCAAGAUUCAGUAUGCUGAUAGUGGUUCAGUUAUUGGGGUGCUGGUCAGAGACUAUUUUCCUCUACGCUUCAUCAAUGGCACUCUUCCUCGCCCCAACUUGACCUUUGGGUGUGCAUAUGAUAUUGAUCAUGGUCAACACAAUCCUCCUCCCACUACCGGAGUCCUUGGACUUGGCAAGAGUGCAGCAAGCAUCUCCUCUCAGCUUGGUGCCGCAGGACUAACACAAAAUGUAAUAGGUCAGUGUUACAGUGCAAAAGGGGGAGGAUUUCUGUUCAUCGGAAAUGAUCCUGUACCUUCUUCAGGAGUCUCUUGGGUACCAAUGUUGCAGAACACCAUGGCUAAACAUUAUGCCUCGGGUCCAGCAGAUCUUCUCUUUGGUGGAAAGCCUACUGGUUUAAAGGGUCUUAAUGUAAUCUUUGACUCUGGCUCUUCCUUCACUUACUUCAAUUCUGCAGUCUAUGAAGCCAUACUCAACCUGUUGAGCAAGGAUCUAAAUGGGAAGCCAAUAAGACAAGUACAAGAUCCAGCACUUCCUGUCUGCUGGAAAGGCGCAAAACCUUUCAAAGUCCUCUCUGAUGUUAAGAGCUAUUUCAAGCCCUUUACACUGAGCUUCACAAGCACGAAGAAUGCACAGCUGCAACUAACACUUGAAAAUUAUCUCAUAAUUUCAGAACAUGGAAAUGCAUGCCUGGGAAUUUUGAACGGGGCUGAAGCAGGACUGGGAAACUAUAAUUUAGUUGGAGACAUUUCAAUGCUAGACAAAUUGGUAAUCUAUGACAAUGAGAGAAAGCAGAUUGGAUGGACUUCAGCAAAUUGCAAUAGGAUUCCUAAGUCCUGAGCCUCACUUCUCCAUUACUAUCCGGAAGAAAGCAUUGUGAAAGAACAAAUAAACGAGUGAAUAAAAAAACAAGUCUGUGUCAGCUUCGUGCAUAAAUGUUUCAGUAAGAUCCAGUUUUCAGUCACAGGAUGCUUACUGAAAUCAUUCUUCUGCUUCAUUAUAUAUAUUCCAGGCAGAAGAAAAUGCUUCAAGACAAAUUGCUGUUAUCAAAAAGAUAUAAUAAGCACUUUCUAUGCUU